UCUCUUAUCAUGUUCUGUAGCUCAAGACUUAGGCUAGGCAGAACACAAUGUCAAUUUUUUUCUUCUAAAACCAAGUUAUAAUUGUUCUUCAAUUUAUAUAUUAGACUUGUCCUGCAUUAGCUGUUAAUGAUCACCACAUGACGGAAGUCUGUAGAUAGAGAGAGGUUAAAUAAAAGUUCACAUGCAAUUAACAAUGACAGCACGAAGUAUGUUCUGCACUUGCUGCUGGCGAGCUGUAUAUUCUCCUGAGGAGAUAGAGCAGCGGGCACACUCUCAGCUGAUAGACAAGCAGCUGCGCAGAGACCGCAGCAGAUACAGACGCCAGGUGAAGUUACUGCUGUUGGGGGCCGGGGAGAGUGGGAAGAGCACCUUCCUGAAGCAGAUGCGUAUCAUCCACGGCUAUCACUUCAGCACUGAGGAGCUGGAUGAGUUCAGACUCACCAUAUACAGGAAUAUCAUCCAAGGCAUGAAGGUUUUGUGCGAUGCUCGGCAAAAGCUAAACAUUCCCUGGCAAGAUCCUGACUGCGAGAAACCGGCCUUCAAUAUCCUGGCCUCGACGCCCCUGGUCAACGUCACCGACACCGCCUCCUUCAGGGUACUGGUACCUGACGUCAGACGCCUCUGGCAGGACCAAGCCAUCAGAACCACCUACAACAGACGGGCUGAGUACCAGCUG